AUUUGUUGGGGGUGUCUGGUGACAUCAUAUAAUUUAUUGGUUGUCGACAUCCCACUCAAUGCAAGACAUUUUUGCCCGAUUAACGGAAAGCGUUUUCGCUGUCUGCCUAGUCCAGUCUACCAGCUGGCUUCCUGGGUACCUAACCUAAGGCAACUAGCCGUCCUAGCCUAUGUGAUAAUGUACGAUGGUUGUGCAUGAUGCAAAGCAAACCCAAAUACCUAGGUAGGUACCUACCUACCUACAAUUCAACAUGGCACGGGACUAGCCUCCAUCCAUGCCGACGCCCGCCUGCGCGAGAACCCGCACCGAGGCCAAGUCGAAACGGCCCUAGCUGAUCAGCGCACCGCCUGCCGUGCUGACCCGGCUGUGACAAGAACCAUGUUGAUCUGAAUUAGAUUGGACUCAAAGCUGACUUUGAUGAUUGACAUGGAAAUUUUCCUACUCCAUCACAAAAGUCCCAUGCAUCCCGCAGGUGGAGAGAGAGGAGAGGGGGGGAAGGGGGGUUUGUUGUUUGCUGCGGCUGACUCCUGCUUUUCUCCCUUUGCCCUGCAUGAAGAGAGCUUUUGGACUGUUGAGUGACUGACAUUGGCUCACUUGACUUGACUUUUUUAGACCCUUUUGGCUGUUGUCGUUUUUUUCCCCCACACCACCACCUAUUUUUAUUUUAUUCUAUUUUUUUGUCUCAUUAAUCUCUUCUCAUCUGUAUUUUUUUCCCACCUGCUCUUACUGAGGCACAUCCCAUAUCCCCUCUUCCCUGUGUACUGCCUCCAGUUUCUAGAGGUUUUUCCUCAUCCCCUGGCAUAAACUCUCCCUUUCAUGUCCCUACGUGACGUUGAGCCUGAAAUUUCGCCACCAAUCUGCAUCACGCUCGGAGACCAAGGACUUUACGUCAGGCACCCUUACCGCGUAGCCUACCGGCACCUAAACGCCUCGGAAAUGUCAAGAUACGACCGCGAGGACGACGGCUACUUCCGCCAUGAUCGUUACGCCAGCAGCAACGGCGGCGGACACCUGCAUCCUCCCUCGUCGCACCAGCGGCCCCGCUCCAUGCCGCCCGUCCCGGGCGAGCUGGUCCGCGGAGGAGGAGGGGGAGUCCCGCUCAUGUCGUCCGCCUCUACCCGCUACGUCAGCAGGAGCCGGAGCAGGAGCCGCAGCCGCAGCCGCUCGCGCGACCGCAACCGCGGCCAUCAUCAUCACCACCACCACAACCCCAUCGACCAUGCCGAGCACGCGCUCAAGCACACCUUUACGUCGUCCAACUCGGGGAUAGGGGUCGGCCUCCUCGGCGCCGUGGUUGGCGGCCUGGCGGCGCGGCACAUUACAGAGGCCUCGUCGUCCUCAUCGCGGCAGGGCCAUCAUCAUCACCACCACCACGGCAGCAGUCAGCAGGAGAAGAAGGAGCACGACGCCAGGCUGCUAGUCUCGACGCUCGUGGGCGCUGCGGUGGGCGGCCUCGGCGCCAACGCGCUCGAGCGGAGGAUCGAGCACAAUCGCGACAAGAAGAUUGAGCGCGAGGAGGAGUGGAGGGGCAGGGAUCGCCGGGUCGCGCGCAGGAGGAGUAGGCCGCUGCCGCGCGAGGGACUCAACUCGGACUAUUACCGCGAUCACCCGAGCAGCCCCGACUUUGAGCGGGAUCACGUCUAUGACGACAGAGGGUCGAGGAGGAACCUGGAGUACUAUUGAUGAAGGAUCUGAAGACGCCAGGAGCUGUCUAGCCCUUCUUUGUCUGUGUUAUCUAUAGUGGGAAUUCCCAGGUAACCUAGGUUGAAUCCCUUUUUUUUCUUUCUUUUUUCCCCCACCUUUCUGUGCUUGUUUUUCUAUAUAUUUUCUUUUUCACCCUUGUUCUCCUCCAGUGAGACAAAGACACAUGUAAACAUGACGCAUGAUUGGAUGACAACGAUAACAUUGGCUUUUGAACGGGUUCGUGGGAUUGAUCGACUUUGUGACAAGUCCCUCUUGCUGGUACUACAUAGAAUUACAUUGGUUGGAAUGUCAUCAGAUCACAUCCUCUUUGUGUCCGGUACAAAUCCCCUCUUUUCCCUCCCUGCUUGACAUCAGUUUCCUUGAUCGACUUUCUUUGUACCUUUGAAGCAACUUCAAUUUCUCUCAGGAACUGCUUUACCUGUGGCUCAACGAAAGCUGUCUUGCAUUAUCGAAGAAAACUUCUGAUAGCCUUGCAUCCUCCAUUUCAAAAGGCCAUCGAGUCGCAGAGGAGACCGGUUGAGUGCUAGUUGAAGCGAGGCAAUCUUUUACACCGACAAUAGGUUGAUUACUGAGUGCGGCUUGCUCAUCGUUUCCUUGCGGGGCUCUGGCUCUGCCAACGACGAUCGCUACA